AUGAAGUCCUCUCUGGUGUUGAUUCUUGGUUUGUGCCUUCUGCCGGCCCUCGCCGAAAGCAUCACCGUGCAGUCAAAGGUCUCGGUCGUCUGUCUUCCCAGGCUAAGGAAGAGCCAGAAACGUGGUUCGGCCAUGAAGUCCUCUCUGGUGUUGAUUCUUGGUUUGUGCCUUCUGCCGGCCCUCGCCGAAAGCAUCACCGUGCAGGUCCAAAAUUUGUCCUUCUCUUGGGAUUCGGUCAAAGCCCUGAAGAAGGUUCUGGAUGCCGCACCCCCAAAACCCCGUUUCCGAAACAGGGGACCGGAGCCUGUGUGCUUACACCCCGAACUUCCCAGUGAAUUCGUGCCUCUCUGCUCCAUGCCAAAAGCCUACGAUGUGUUUCAAACCCUCGACACCAUCGCCAGCGACCCCGAGACCUGCGAAAUCUGCUUUAACAUCGCCUGUUCCGGAUGUUAAGUGAGAACCAGCCGUGCUCUCCACUGGUGGUCACCAGGUGGUCACCCAUCCUAGCCUUCC